CUACUAGAAAGAACGUAUCAGCGUGUGCAGUAUACUUCUUGAACUAGUGCAAGAAGUUCAACUGGAAAAAACAAACGUAAAUAUUUAUCAAUGGUCUGAUUCAGACCGUCAGAAUGGUCUGAAUAUUGUGAAUUGUAAUUAACGACAGAGAAUGGGUUUGUUAACCGUAUUGAAAAAAUUGAAACAAAAAGAAAAGGAAAUGCGCAUUUUAAUGUUAGGCUUGGAUAAUGCAGGCAAGACGACAGUGCUAAAGAGACUCAAUGGUGAACCGAUAGACACUAUAUCGCCAACUCUUGGUUUUAAUAUUAAAACAUUGGAGCAUCGUGGAUACAAGCUCAAUAUAUGGGAUGUUGGUGGACAGAAAUCAUUGCGUUCAUACUGGAGGAACUACUUUGAAUCUACAGAUGGACUUGUUUGGGUAAUAGACAGUGCAGACAGAAGAAGACUGGAUGAUUGCAAGACAGAGUUGUACAAGUUAUUGCAAGAGGAGAGGUUGGAGGGUGCGAGUCUCCUUGUGUUUGCCAAUAAACAAGAUAUGCCUGGUGCAUUAUCUGCAUCUGACAUAGCAGAGAUUUUGGAGUUACCUAAUAUAAAGACACAUCACUGGCAAAUUUACAAGUGCUCUGCUGUAACGGGUGAGAACCUAGAAGAUGGCAUCAACUGGAUUGUGGAUGAUAUUGCAGCGAGAAUAUUCUAUAUAGAUUGAAUUAAAUUCACGAGUCUGUUAAAACUAGUAUUUGUCGUCUCAUUAAACAUAGCAUUUCUUUAAAGAAUGAUAUUUUAUAUUGAAAUUUGCACUGUAAAACACACGUAACACAAUAUGUAGAGAGAUACUAAGAUCUCGCAAUUAUUUGCAUAUAUAUAUAUAUACACACGUACAUUCGGAAUCCUUCCAUCUGAGAAGUUAUAAUGAAGGUUCCUUCAUCACUAGAUAAUGAAUUAUGCAAUUAACUGUUUUGUAAUUUUGAUAUAUUUUAGACACGUACACUUUUUCUGAAGUUUGACAAUUUACGCUUAUUUUCUGAAGUUUGACAAUUUACACAUUAAAAGAAUUGUUAAAGAAA